AUGGUUUGGGUUCAGUUCAUGAGUGACAGAAACUCCACUACUGUAAACAAGGGAUUCCAAGCUUCUUUUAAAGCAGGUGUGUUAUAUCGAUGAGAUUUUUUUACGUCUGUCUUUAGUAACGCGGCACGUAGUUCUUUUACAUCUUUUCUUUUGGAAAGUAGAGCUCAUUCAACUCAUAGUAGAUAAUCUCAGCGUUUUACAACUUGACAUGAUCGCCGCAGGACAAUAUGUUUGAGUUUUUGUGUUUGUUUGUUUGCUUUGAAUUUAUUUUAAUUUGUUUUUUUAAGACAGCAAACUUUUUCCUCUAUCUAGUCAACUAACCAUGAAAAUAAAUGAUUUGUACAUUGUCUUUACAUCUAUCUUUCGAUCUUUCUCAUCUUUUCAGUACAGGGAAGCGGAUUGCCUGUAAGCCGUCCAAUGAUGCUUCUUUUUCUCUCAGCUUUGAUCAUGCAUGUGUCAAAGAAUAACUUGUUCUAGUCCUGUCAAGUGUAUCCAGGAGACGUCUUCAGAUCGCCGAAGUUUUGAAACAUAUGCAUUUAGCUAAACUCUGAUUGUGGACUGAAAAGUUUUAAUAUCAAGGAUUUGAGUGUGAAGUUGUGUCCCGGGAAUCUUUCUUUUAGGUCAUUUUUUGCUGUCAGCAGAUUGAAUUUUUUGUGUUAUUUUAUUUUUUUUCGCGUUAGAAAGUUUUUCGGAUCAGUUUUAGAGCCACUCAAUUGAUUUUAUUUGUAUGCUUAGAUUUAGUACAAGAAAAACGAAAUUUAACCGGUGUGAAAGCCCUUAGACUUGAAAAAGCUUGAACAACAUUAUGUGCAUCUUUUUCAGUCCAAAAGGGAAUUUGUUUUAAACUUGUUACUCCAUUAAAAAUUGAGAAACAAAUGCAUAGACAAGUAAUAAAAGAAAGAAUUAAAUGUGAGCAUUAUUUUUACUUCGUACAUUAAACUUACAAUUAGGGUCUCUUAUUUUAGUAAACGUACACUCAAGCCCGGUCGUUAGAGAUAUGACAAGUUGUCAAGGUUCGUCUUGGUAACUGGAAUGAAUUCUUGAUACAGCGCGUAGACCUUUCUGGAAGUCAUCAAAGGGGGGCGGGUUCCGUGCGCCUUUCAUGUAGUAACUCAAACCAAAUCCCUUCCUUAUGUAUCAGCGGUCUGAAGAUCCUAAGGCGAGAAGGACCGACAGAAGGAGUAUAUAACACAGGCAAAGAUUUCGCGAAGAUUCUUCGGAAUUGCGCGUGUUUGCAUACCUGAAUGAUUGGAGCUUGAACAAAAUAUCCUUGAAAAGGAAAUGGGGGGGGGGGGGGGGGGGGGGAGGGGGAAGGAACCUUGAUGAUGUGUACUGUUUGCUACCUGACUUUAUUAGAGUGCAGUUGUUGAACAGUACCCCCAUUGGCGAACUUUGCAGGUUGAAUAUCAACUUUAGUUCACGUGCUCGAAGAUUAACUGUUAAAUGUCUUAAGUCGUAGGCAUUGAGCCCGUUUUUGUUCACUUGUAAGAUUCUCGUGAAAGUUCUUGUGUUCAUUUCCCGUCAAGAGAUGUUUAAUCUUCCAAGGUCAGUCUACCGAAUGCUCACUCACUACAUUUUCUUCCAAGUUUGUUCGAGGAGACUUUUUCGCUUAUGUUCAUAGCGAACAACUUAACGAAACCUUGCCGGUGUAAUUACAGAUUUCGUGCGUUAGACAUCCGUAAUCGGAGAAGUGUUCCCUACUCCUGCAAAAUGUUCCGAUGUUUACUUAGUUAUGAUUGGUCAUGUGCUCAUUCAUACCGAUGCUGAUUUACAACUUUAAUCCCGUGGUAUGUUAUAGACUCUCAAACUGUUUACAUAAGUAAAGCUCCUAUCAAGCUGUUGUCAUUAAAAGCUGCCAAAAACACCCUGCAGUUUAUUCACCACGCCAUCGCUGUUUCUCUUUUAAUUGGUCUUUACCCUCUGAUUAUAAACUCACCAAUGCGAAAAUUCCCAUUUAACCAAGGGCAAUAAUCGAAGGAAAAGCGAAUGAAUGUUGCGUGUACGAAUUCAAAACAUUUGAACUAUGUGCUAUUUGUGCAGCUUUGUUGCAGAAAAUUGACCUAAUACCAUGACCCCAUUCAAGACGAAAUUGUGUUGGGGAAACAUAUCACUAAGAAGGUUGCUGUAAUUUUACCAAGAGUUCGGAAAUUUGUCAUCCUAACAUCAGUAAACCCUGAUCUUUUACUGUUAUCAACAAAGAGAACUUAACUGUGUCGAAGAAUGGGAGUAUUCACAUCUAACCAACUGGUUACAGUUGCUUCCAUCAUCGGUAAGUUGUCAAAUGGAUGAAGUUCAUCCAUCACGUAUUAAAACAUCCGCGUUGUCCAAAAAGCGAUGCAAUGGCAUUACUUUUAUCGCUUUCAAUUCAAGUUUAAGUAGCUUGCGCUUCUUUUAAUUUUCAUGUACUUCGCAUUCUUUAGGAUGUAAAUCUUUGUGUUGCUGUGACACGGAUCAAAACAGAAUCGUUAAGACUGAUGGCACUUCAAGGUUUGACACUUCUAAAUAUGAUGCAGCGAAAGUUUACAAAGUACAGUGGAAUAUUUUUAAGAAAAUGGAGCACAUUGUCGUUCAGAAAAUGGGCCUUACAGGGUAAUUGUCCUGAUUUCAUUGAGGGAAGUUAGCGACUUGCCACUCCACUAAAGAGUUCGAGUGACUCCCUCGUAUCAGGAUAAUCUCCUAUGGGUUCUCAUUUUUGGGUGAGAUAUGAAGUCAACAUUUAAACUUACUUUUUGUAUUCAUAAUAGUUUGUCCCAAUGGCAUGACUCCAGUGGUGAGCUUGAAUAUCCUGAGUCAGGUACUUAUGGUAAGAAUGAGACCAAAUGUUGGAGCAUUACGGUUCCCGAAACUUAUUAUGGCAUUCGAUAUCGUUUUUCCAGGUAAGUUUUCCGUGUAUAAUACUCGUCAGUAAGAUGCAAACCUCUGAGGCUCACACUUCAUUUCCAAUUCAUUUGAUGCUGCCGUCAAUCAUCAUGUUAAUGGACAUCUAAAAGCAGAGACAAACAAAAUCACAAAGUCAUUUCAUAUCAACUCAGAAAAUUACCUUUAAACCCUGUGAAAUAUGGUACUAGCUCCCGAGAGGAUUUAAACAUGAUUGCCGGCGGGAUAAGGCGAAGUUUUUAGAUGGUGCAUCUCCAACUUGGUAGCUUGCAUGCUCUUAAAAAGAGCGAAAGCAGUGUCAACCAUCUUGACGAAAGCAAACUUGAAAAAUGCUCCAGCCACGUCAAUUUUUUUGAAAGCUGCUAGCCAGCGUGGGUUUCUUUCCUUUCGAUUACUAUACCAAAUCAGAAAAAGAGGACAAGAGUAAAAAAAAAUUGGUGGAUAAAACUGCAAAUGAUUGACGUGUAUCUCUUCAAGUAACCGGCGCAAUUACCAGAUUGCCUUUCGCAUUUUAUUUUGAUGUUAUGAUAAUGACUGAUAAUUAUGUUUAUAAUCAUUAUCAGAAUAAUUAUAACUAUCUUUAUCACACUCAUUUGAAAAUCAGUGGAGAUCCAUGCAAACUGCUUGCCUCUCAUCGAUGCGAUUAAAUCACGAAUUGCAACCUUUUUUUGCUCUAAAUCAAAUCUUUUUCCCAGCCAAUGAGAAAGCUUUACGAAACCACAACAACUAAUUAGCUUUUAAAUUUUUUUAAAGUAACCAAUCAAAUUUCAGGAAAAUGAAAGACAACUUUUGCAACUUUUCACGAAUUAGCUCAGUACUAAAUCAAUAAAAUAUUUGUGCAGAAGAACAGAAAAAUCCUGAGUGUUUUUUUUUUGCGUUUUCAAAAUGGAUGUAAUCAAGUGGUAAUUGAACUCUGUGUGGUGCAAUUUUUGUCUGAAAUCGUACUUGUGACUUCAAAUGAAACUCGCGCUGCGCACCUGUUCGAUUUGAAAUCACGUGUAUGAUUUCAGACCAAAUUGCACUUUAUUUAUCUCAAUUAUAUCAGUAAUCAAUCAGUCCUCUAACGGGACUUUUAAGGUCCAAUACGGUCAGACAAGGGAUAAAAACAGUUUAAAUAUAUUCAAAGUAAGUUAUCUUCUCCAGUAGAUCAAUCUCCACGUUGUCCUUAAGAUUGGUAAGAACUGAAAACCAGUCAUAUCGAUUUGUGAUAUUUUUCCCAGGAUUGACGUGGAAAUGUGCUCUGAUUGUAAGUGCGACUAUCUUCAAAAAGGAAAUUCCUACAACUAUUUGCACCUGCUCUCUAAAUCAUGUGGACGAUAUAGUUACAGCUAUUUACAGGGAUAUGUAUUCAACGUCUACUGGACAGAUGGAUUUACCAACGUUGUUUCUGGAUCGACGGUCUAUCUUCGCUUCGUAUCGGAUAAUACUGUACAUUACACAGGAUUUAGGAUGAGCUUCAUAGCCACAUCCAGGACAGGUGGGUAACUUUACAAAGAGGUUCUCAAUGGGGUGAUGGCUUUCACGGACCACGGUUAAAAUUCUAACAGCCACGGAGUCCUAGCCCAAUGGCUGAGGUGUAACAGGGCACAAGCCUGACUACCAAUCUUGCAAAACAGAGUGCCACCAAGAUGAGUAAGACAAGCCCUUUCCAGUCUCAGAGAAAACUCUAGUUGACCGUGGGGUCAAAAGACCCCGCCCUCCUUACUCCGGCUGACCUUUAGACUCAGAGCCAUUAGCAACCCACCCUUGAAAGGGCCUUUAACUGGGCUGCAUGUAGGUACUAACGUGACGUUAGUUACCCUGCAUUUCCAUUGGUUAGGCUGGCUCGAGGGUGGGCAAUGUCUUAGCCCACUGACCGAGCAGUUGCCAGGCAUAAGCCUGACGGCCAUCAAGCAAAAAAGUACGUUAUCAAAAUAAGCCAAGAAGCCCUCUUCAGCCCACGGGCAAAAUACAAUUUGAGGCUGAAGAGUCAAAAACCUACCCUUCCUACCCAUGGGUUUUUUGACACACAACUGGAACUGACCCACCUUACGUGCCGUCGCUGGUCUAGACAUUAAGCUCCCACUCCAUUUACAAUGGAUGGAUCCGGCAGAUAUUUGCAACCCCUUUCUAAGCCUGCUGUUUUAGACUCUCCACCACCCUCCAACCAAAGGGUGUGUCACCUACAAGCAUAGCUGUGAUAGAGUAUGAACCUGACUAUCAAUGUUGCUCCACACGGGCAUCUUUUUUUUCAAAUCAAAGCAGACGUAUUCUCUUGAUAACCUUCAUUGAUUUCGUUAAUUUUUUCAUGUGGUAACAGACUAUUUUUAUUUUGCAGCGGGUAGAAACAAACUAUCUGAAUGCAACCGAAGAUGAAACUAUUGAGUUUGGCACACCAAAAGUCGACAUUGAGAAGUACCCCUCAAAUUACGCAGAACAGUGGAUUUUAAUUGUCCCUGAGGGACGGAAGGUCCAGAUAGACUUUGACAUAUUUGAACUGGAAGACAGUGAGGAUUGCAAAAAUGAUUAUGUUGAGUUCCGUGAAGCAUCCAUCAUGGUUGGUGAUCCUAAAAGAAUAUAUGGCCAUUUUGGUCCAAUCCUGACCAAUCGUCUGUGUGGAAAUGUAAAGCCAAACUCGAUACUGAGUCAAGGGAACAUGGUUUGGGUUCAGUUCGUGAGUGACAGAAACUCUAUCACAGUGUACAAGGGACUCAAAGCUUCUUUUAAAGCAGGUGUGUCAUGAAGAUGAGUUUUGUUAAGUUUUUUUAAUAACGCGGCACUUAAGUUCUUUUACAUCUUUUCCUUUGGUGAAUUGGAGCUCAUUCAACUUUUAGUAGUGUUUUAUGACUUGACAUGAUCGCGGCAGGACUAUGUUUGAGUUUUUUUUUUUUGUUCGUUUUUUAAUUUUGUCUUCGUUUUUUUCUUAGAGAAAAACGUUUUUCCUCUAUCUUGUCAACUAACCAUAAAAAGGAAUGAUUUGUAUUUUGUGUUUACAUCUAUCUUUAAAUCUUUCUCAUUUUUUCAGUACAGGGAAGCGGAUUACCUGUGAGCCGUCCAAUGGUGCUUCUUUUUCUCUCAGCUUUGAUCGUGCAUGUGUCAAAGAACAACUUGUUCUAGUCCUGUCAAGUGUAUCCAGGAGAUGCCUUUUGUUCGCUGAAGUUUUGAAUUAUAUGCAUUUUGGUAAACUCUAAUUGUCGACUUAAAAAUUUCAAUAUCAAGGAUUUUGAGUGUAAAGUUUUGUCCCAGGAAUCUUUCUUUUAGAUAAUUUUUAUCUCUCAUCGGAUUGAAUUCAUCUGUGUGUUGUGUUUUUUUUUCCAUCUGC